GUAUAGGAAUUUCCGGUGACGUCAGUGCGUCUGGACUCCAUUACGGGACUGCAGCUGUUUUGAGCGAAACAACAACAAGAAACGGAGAGACAGGCGAGAGAAACAGUGUCUCCAGCCGUUUUAAGAGCGUUGAAUCCCGGGAACUGACACCCCCUUUCCAUCCCGGGCCUCAUUGGCUUCUAAUCACGGCCGCUCUCGGCGAGGAAACUCUGGCCUCCGCUUCCUCCUCCUCCGACUCGGACACCGACGGAGCGUCGCCGCCCCCGCGGAAGAAACACCGAGCCUCGGCGGCGGAGGGAGCAGGAGAGCCCGGGGCUUCAACAGGGACAGCGGGCCUCUCUGCGGUUGUAUUGGGACUCGCGACUCCGCAUCCUCCUGCUAUUCACAUUAAUAUAAACCUUGUUAAUAAUAACAGUAACAGUAUGCAGGCCAACGGGGCAGGACAGGGACAGAAUCAGGAGCUUGCCUGUCUCUCUGCUGCCCAGAACGGGGAAUCCUCCUCCACUGAGGAGGCCCAUUCUAACGGGCUAAUACCUAGUAAUAACAACGGAAACAAUGUCAAUAAUAAUAACGGGGCUCCGUCAGGGGGUGACCCAGGGGCCCCCGCUUCCUCUGCAGCUGCUGCUUCGGGCUCUGAGAUGGGGGCCACCUUGAAGAAAAAGAAAAGACUUUCACAGUCUGAGGAAGAUGUCAUCAGACUGAUAGGGCAACAUCUUCAUGGUUUAGGGCUUAACCAAACAGUUGAUCUGUUAAUGCAAGAGUCGGGAUGUCGUUUGGAACACCCUGCUGCCACCAAAUUCCGCAACCACGUCAUGGAGGGGGAGUGGGACAAGGCUGAAAAUGACCUGAAUGAGCUGAAGUCAUUGAUGCAUUCUCCUAAUGCUAUUGUGAGAAUGAAGUUCUUGCUGCUGCAGCAGAAGUACUUGGAGUAUUUGGAAGAUGGGAAGGUACUCGAGGCUCUACAGGUUCUACGAGGUGAACUGACACCACUGAAAUACAACACGGACCGCAUCCAUCUCCUCAGCGGGUAUUUAAUGUGUAGCCAUGCUGAGGAUCUACGUGCAAAGGCAGAAUGGGAAGGAAAAGGGACAGCUUCGCGGUCUAAACUUCUCGACAAAUUACAGACUUACUUGCCUCCAUCAGUUAUGCUGCCUCCUCGCCGUUUACAGACACUGCUGCGUCAGGCAGUGGAACUGCAGCGGGAUCGGUGCCUCUACCAUAAUACCAAACUUGAUGGUAGUCUGGAUUCAGUCUCGCUGCUCAUAGACCAUGUUUGCAGUAGGAAGCAAUUCCCUUGUUAUACCCAGCAGAUCUUGACGGAACACUGUAAUGAGGUGUGGUUCUGCAAGUUCUCCAAUGAUGGCACUAAACUAGCAACAGGAUCAAAAGAUACCACUGUUAUUAUAUGGCAGGUCGACACGGAGACUCACCAGCUGAAACUACUAAAGACUUUAGAAGGCCAUGCUUAUGGUGUGUCAUACCUGGCCUGGAGUCCUGACGAUAAUUACCUUAUAGCCUGCGGCCCAGAUGACUGCUCUGAACUCUGGCUUUGGAAUGUACAGACCGGGGAGCUGCGGACAAAAAUGAGUCAGUCUCAUGAAGACAGUUUAACAAGUGUGGCAUGGAACCCUGAUGGAAAGCGUUUCGUCACUGGAGGACAAAGAGGACAGUUUUAUCAAUGUGAUCUGGAUGGCAACCUGCUGGACUCAUGGGAGGGGGUGAGAGUUCAGUGUCUCUGGUGCUUGAGUGAUGGGAAAACUGUUCUGGCCUCUGACACACACCAGCGAAUACGGGGCUACAAUUUCGAGGACCUUACCGAUAGGAACAUAGUACAAGAGGAUCAUCCCAUAAUGUCUUUUACAGUUUCAAAGAAUGGAAGAUUAGCUUUGUUAAAUGUAGCAACUCAGGGAGUUCAUUUAUGGGACUUGCAGGACCGAGUUUUAGUGAGAAAGUAUCAAGGAGUCACGCAAGGAUUUUAUACAAUCCACUCAUGUUUUGGAGGCCAUAAUGAAGACUUCAUAGCCAGUGGUAGUGAAGACCAUAAGCUGUAUAUCUGGCACAAACGUAGUGAGCUGCCAAUUGCGGAGCUGACGGGACACACACGCACAGUAAACUGCGUUAGCUGGAACCCGCAGGUCCCUGGCAUGAUGGCGAGUGCCUCUGAUGAUGGCACUGUUAGGAUAUGGGGACCAGCACCUUUUGUAGACAGCCAGGAUUUUGAAGGAUCUUGUAAAGCCAUGGGUAUUCAUCCAGCUGUGCUGCCAGAUGAUGCUUUACUAUAAUCAUCUUCCGAAGAGGAUGGCAGUAGCAUGAAUAGUUGAUGGUGACUUUGGAGUGGAUGACUUCUCUAAAUAACAAAACAAAAAACAAACAAAAAAAAUAGUUGCAUUUUAAAUCGCUCUGGAGUUGGUGUAACAAUCUUGAUCGAUCACUGGACAGAAAUGGCUCAUCGUUUAAAUAUAAAAGAGAGAGGAAGAAAAAAAAAACAACCAUUUUUGGCACCCAAACCGGAGCCAAGCAUCUACCACCUUGCUUCAUAGUAACCAAGUCAAGAAGAAGCACGUCAUUAGAACGCAGUUGGACACCAUGUUGAAUUAUCCCCAUUGGUCUGUGAAGAACUGUGCUACAUUGAGACUAUCCAUUGAACUCAGCAAUGUGUUUUUUUUUUUUGUUUUAGUUUAGUUUUGUUUUUUCUUUUUGCCAUUUUGGUCUGGCAGUUUUCUCUUCCUUGUCAUUCUUCUACGUAAUGGAAUUCAAAUGCUUGUUUGGAAUUUAUUUAACAUUUUAGAAGGCUUGAUUAGUGAAAAUGGAGUGCUUUAGUCUGAAUAUACAUUUAAUAGGAGAGGUAUUUUAUCCUUAUUUCCUCUUUUCCUGAGUGUCCCAGGCUGGUCUCGUUUAGAAUCUCUACAGCACGGUUCAUGGUUUCUCAAACUUUAUUAGCAUGGAGAAGCCAAGAUCAUUACAUAAUUACACGGAAUCAUUGCGUAGCACAUGCUCAGUAUCAGACUGAAUUAACCAGUGGUAUGUAUCAUACAUUUUUAUGGAAUGAUAUACAUGGAUUACCUGAAACAGCAAUAGAAUCCCAUCCAUCUGAUCUUAACUACAGUACUGUGCAGGCCUAUUGACACCUGUACCACAUAUCUUGCCAUGCAGGCCCUAAUCUUAAUCCUUAUUUAACUGACUAAGUUCAAUAUAUAACAUUGGGGGCUGUCUUUUUAUAAUUACAAAAAUUAAGAGAAAAGGGGUAGAGAGAACAAAAGCAGAGUUGUCCCAAUUGUUCUGGUCUGUGACAUUCUGAGCAAGGUCUACUGGAAUGAUUCAUGGCUAAGCUUAAGUGAUGUUUUACUCUGUAUCAAAUAUAUACAUACACACAGAAAUGUUUGACAUCUCCCCCAAAAGUACUAGACUAAAUAUAAAUGGGAUAUUUCCUAGAUUUGGUAAACAGUUCAAAAGUAUGCCCUCUGUCAUUUAUUUUUGCAUUCAAGAUGUAAUAUCUAAAUGUUCUAUGCAUUUGUUUAGUUAUGUACACAAAUUAUCUAAAAUUGGCCACUCCUGUAUUUAAAAAUAUAUAUAUUCUUUUUGAGAAGAACGAACUAGCUAUUUUGUGUUUUUCAAAAACUUAGCUUAUAGUGGCAUUGCAUAAUUAUAAACCAAACACUGCACCUUCAGACGGCACAGGGAAAAGGUGAUAUCUGCUCAUUUUAUAGUGUACAAACUGCAGUUUCCAUCAGUAGUGAUCAAGGUAUUUCAGAUGUGCCCAGCUGUCCUAAGAUUUUUGUAGACUUUGGUUUAAUCGUUGUACUAGCCUUCACCUAUUGCAGUAUUCAUACUUAUAAAGUAGGUGAGAAAUAUGACUUGAGUUUUUUCCAAUAUGCUUAAAAAAAGUCCAAACUGCCCCACUGCAGUUAUUUCAGCUAUGGGGGAUGCUUCUAACUUGGUAAUUCCUAAACUCAACUUGUUUUCUGUUUAAUUCUGGGGCAAAAUGUUGCAGACUUAAAUUGUUAAGAUUCUUUUUUUAAAUAGUCGGUUCACUUUUUUCUUCUUCUUUUCUACCAUGUUAGAAGAACAUUAUACUGGCAUGUUAAAUUACAGAACUUGUCCAAAUAUGAGCAGAUCUCUCUGUAUUGUGUAGAAAGUACUUUUAUCUAAGUUGUGGAAAGUUUUGGCUUACCUAAAUUAAACCAUCCUUUGCUACAGUUUACCCUUUACACAGCGCAUUUCUGUUGUGCUUUUGCUUUGUUGGAACACUUAUUUGAAUGUUGAUAUAUUUGCAGAACUUUACAAUAUUAUAUCCUUAUUUCAUGUGAAGUUGUUCCAGGUUGGAAAAAAAUAAUUCAAUUUUAUACUCAACUCAGACAAUUAGGUUUAGAGGUUUAAACAGUGAGGUUAAUUGUGGAGUAAGAUUUAAAAAAAAAAUUAAAAAAAAAAAAAAAAAAAAAAAUUACAUUAUUCAAUUAGUUAUUGUAUAUUUUAGUCUAUACCAGUUUGUAAUGUCAUUAUUUUGAUACCCAGAGUAGUUUCAAUUUAAUCAAAAUACAUUUUUAAAGAAGGUAAACCAUUUUAUGGUUGAGAUUGCUUUAUUCUUUCUGUAUAAAAAUGUUUAACUUCCACCUGCAUUUUCAGUUUUUGUAAUUAUUUUGUACCUUACAAUCAUAACAUUGAGUGUAACUAUAGUUAGUGCAACUGUUUACUUUUGUAAAGGUUUUUUUUUUAUAUAUAUAUAUAUAUAUAUAACUGGGAUGCAGAAAGUCUCUUCAAGGGGUGCGGGUUGGGGAAUGGAAGAAAAUCUGAAAAUUGGGGCCAUCAUGGCAAAAUGCCGCUUUAACUAGAAACAUUCUCUUGGUAAUGUUUUGUCUCUUAAGCUUUUAUGUAUGAUUUUAAAUGUUUAUUUUUUCUUUGUGUUAGCAAGUUGUUUAAACAUGUUUGGUUAGAAUUGCUUUAUUGUCUGGAGCACUUUCUUGCCUAAUUUAGCUUUCACAUGCCUUUUAGUAAGGUGCUACAUAUUUCCGUAAGACGCCAGAGCAGUCACAAACUUAAACAGAAAUUCAAGCAAGUAAAAAUACAAAACAAAAAAAAAAAACUUGUCCUUAUUACAAAAAAAAAAAAAAAAAAAAAAAAAAAAACUUAGUAGAGACUAUUAAAUAAUAUACGAGGUUUGACCUGGUUCCAGGGAAGGGACAUUACAAAAAUAAAAUAAAUAUAAUUUAGAAACCCAUAAUAUACCUAUUUCUGAAAACAAUAGUAUAAAUAAAAGAUUUUUGUCAUCGCAAAUAAUUUUUAAAUGAAAUAGUAGCGUGUGCAGAAAACCAUAGAUAAAUGGAAUUUCAAACCAACAAAGGCAGGAUGUUGAUAUGCUUGUGGAUAUUUGAAUAAUGUAGUUGAAUAAUUACAGCUUUGGUCUAGACUCAGUUAUGUAUUUAACAUUAACAUGAGCUUUAUUUCCUCCAUUAAAUGACCAUAAAUUUAGAUAAUUAGAUUCUCCCAAUUACUUCAUAAAAUGUUAUAUUUAUUUUGCAAAGUUGACACUUAUUCUAAGCAUUUACUGUAUAGAAUGUUUCACACAGUACAGGUAUUAUGAAGUCCCUAUAGUUACUAUGUGUCAAUUUAACAGUGCCACUUAUCACUUCUUUUUAUUACCUCUACCUGUUUUAUGGUCUUGAUCUCAGACUGGUGCAAAGUGCUUUGGUCUGCCUGAUCAAUGACUGCCUUUUAAGUGUGAUUUAAAUUAGUCGGAUUACAUAACUAUUUAUGUUGAUUUAAGUUGGGAGAAACAUUGUGAAAAAGUGUGGACACUGAUUUCAAAAUCCAACCUGAAACAUCUAUUUGAUAAGGUUGCCUCCAAUAUAGUUAUAGGCAGAAAACAUAUCUUGCUGCUUACAGUUCCACCCUAUACACCCCAAAAAACAUAGAAGAUAAAUAUUGCAUUUGUAUACAUUGAUUGUAUCCCCGUGUAUAAUACAUGCAGCCUGCUUUGAUUGCAUUUCUGAAUCUGAAUGUACAGAACAUGGCCUGCACUGCAGGUGGGCACAAGUCAUUAUUUAAUCUGUUUUAAGUGAUUUAAUUUUGCUUUGACCUUCAAGAAAAUAGCAUGACUUUUAGACUUUGUGACCCGUCUCCCAUCUUGAAUCACAAAAGCUUUGUCAAAAAGGUCUUGUUUCUGCUCAUAUAUUGGAUGAUGAUUAAUUUUCUCCCAGCAGUUAUUUGUAUUUUGAAGCAAUUUGUUAACUGUACAAAUGCAGGCUUAAUCCAUGAACCGAGCUGCAGAGGCUGAUAAAAUACUAUACUUGCUCAUCUCAGAUUUCUAAACUGUCAAGAUUUAUAUAUAUGGAGUUGUGGAGGAUCUAGUUACAUUUAGAGCUUUUUUGGUAUGUAUGACUAUUUGCUAUGGACUGAUAUUAAAUGUUUAAAAAGACA